GCGGACUACAAUUCCCAGCAGGCUGUGAGAGAAGGCGCUCCUUUUUUUUGUUGUUGGAGUUGUUGACGAGAGAGGAAGAUGACAGACGGAAAGGGCGGAGUGAGCGUGGAAGGAAGGGACGUGUCCUUCCGCCACCUGUGAGGAGAAGCCCCGGGAACCGUCAGCGAAGCCAUGGAGCUUGAGACGAUGAGCAGAUACACCAGCCCAGUGAAUCCCGCUGUCUUUCCACACCUCACUGUGGUGCUGCUGGCCAUUGGAAUGUUCUUCACCGCCUGGUUCUUCGUAUAUGAAGUGACGUCCACUAAGUACACCCGGGACAUUUAUAAGGAACUGCUCAUCUCUCUGGUGGCUUCACUCUUUAUGGGCUUUGGGGUACUCUUCUUACUGCUAUGGGUCGGAAUCUAUGUGUGACAGAAAGCUGAGAGCUGUUUCAGGAUCCAGAAGCCUUACUGCAGCUCCUUUUUUAUUUUUGUACUUAAUGUGGCUCUCUGCAGUUGUGGACUGGUGUAUCAUCUUGACUUCUUGUAGCCUGGAGUGUCACAUCAGACCAAUAAAGUUGACUCUGAUGAGCUGAA